AUGUCUUUUCAAAGCAACUGGACUACGUUAAUGGUCCGUUUAUUCUCUCUGCUACUCUGUGCGCGACUGGCCAUCUCCACUGUCGUCACGCCCGAACCACCAAGUCUCCAAUUCCUCUACACUGCCUAUGUUGAGUGUGAUGAUAACCUCAUGACCGAAGUCGCUGGUCCUCACGGUAUACGAAAGGCAAUUCCCAUCGUCGGGGGUAACUUUACCGGUCCCCGUCUCUCGGGCAAGAUUCUCGACGUCGGAGCGGACUGGGGCCUCGUUGAUCCUCGAACAAACAUCUUUUCAGCGGACACCCGAUACAAUCUGCGGACGAAUGAUGGCGCUGACAUCUAUAUCCGGACUUCUGGUCCACAGGGCCCAGAUGGCCAUCUGCAUCUACGAAUUGUCUUUGAAACGGCAAGUAAAAAGUAUUACUGGCUGAAUAAUGUCCUUGGUGAGCCUUCUCUUCUUUGGGAAUUAUUUAUAUGUUUGAACAUGACGUCUGACUUCCUUGUUACUUUAGCGGUUGGUCUUUUGACGUCGGGUAUCCCGACCACUAAGAACGUCAGCUUGUUGAGAAUUGAUGCUUGGAACUACUACAAGGAUGCAGUUCAAGUUUUGACCUGA